CGGAACUUUGAUGUUUUGACAUUAUUUUCGUAAGAUAUCGUCAUGUUAUCGACAAGAACACGUAUGCAAUUUUCAUUACAACAUAUUUAAGCAUGACCUGUAUCCAACUGUAUGCACUGCUACGUUUGCAGCAUUAAUAACAUUUACUAAUUGUUCAUUGAAUUAUGGCUCUGCGUCGAAAGAAUAACUUGAAGCUACAAGUCUCUGAAGGGACUCCUAUGCCGGUAACUCCACCAAGAAACCUAGAUAAAAGGACUACCAUAACAAUAGGAGAAAAUACAUUUGUGGUAGAAGCAGAUGAUUUAGAGACUAUUUGUAUUCUUGGACGUGGAGCAUAUGGUAUUGUGGAUAAAGUAAGACAUAAACAAAGUCGCACCAUUAUGGCUGUGAAGAGAAUAACUGCAACAGUUAACACACAGGAACAGAAACGAUUACUUAUGGAUUUAGAUAUUUCUAUGCGUAGCUCAGCAUGUCCAUAUACAGUACAAUUUUAUGGAGCAUUAUUUAGAGAAGGAGAUGUUUGGAUUUGUAUGGAAGUUAUGGAUAUGAGCCUUGAUAAAUUUUAUACAAAAGUAUAUAAAUAUGACCGUGCCAUUCCUGAGGAUAUCUUAGGAAAAAUUGCUUUUGCAGUAGUAAGCGCAUUGCAUUACUUAUAUUCACAGUUACGAGUAAUUCAUAGAGAUGUAAAACCUAGUAAUAUUUUAAUUAAUCGAAAAGGAGAAGUAAAAAUCUGUGACUUUGGUAUUUCUGGUUAUCUUGUAGAUUCAGUUGCCAAAACAAUUGAUGCUGGUUGUAAGCCAUACAUGGCUCCAGAAAGGAUAGACCCGUCGGGUAACCCUUCACAGUAUGAUAUCAGAUCUGAUGUUUGGUCAUUAGGUAUAUCUCUUGUUGAAUUAGCAACAGGAAAGUUUCCUUAUGAAUCCUGGGGUACACCUUUUGAACAACUAAAACAAGUUGUGAAAGAUGAGGCACCAAAAUUACCUGCUGGUAAAUUUUCUUCUAGUUUCGAAGAAUUUAUUAAUAAAUGUUUAAUGAAAGAUUAUACUCGCCGUCCGAAUUACAAUCAAUUGCUGGAGCUUAGUUUUAUCACAGAACAUGCUAAGAAAGAUACAAAUGUUGCUAAAUUUGUUGGAGAAAUUUUAGACUUACCUGAUGAUGAACAGUCUGUGUAGCAUAAAACUAUUUUUGACAUUAUGUACCACAUGACCUUUAAUGUAACUUCAUAUUGUGUAUCGAAGUUAUUUAAUCGAUUUUCUAUACGCAGUUUUAUGAAUCGUAUGGUUCAUUCAUUAG